AUUUUUGUUUUGACAUUUUGCUAUUCACAUUACUCAAUAGGACGGUAUUUUUCAAGCAUUCAUAUUUGUUCUGUUUUUACUGGGUCAAAGUGCUUUAUCUAUUAAGUGGCUAAGCCACAGCUCAUAUCUUCCGCAUGAAACCAAUCAAGUAGCACGAGGUACAAUCAAAUUAAAGGGAUGGCCCUUGCGCUACGCCUUUUGCGCCGACCGGCUUAUCUCACCCAAAGUAGUGCAUUUACACUGCAGCGGCAACAGUAUGCAACCCCUCUAGCCAUACUUAUACGGGAACGAAGUAAUGGUGCAACGGAGAAACACGCUGCCGAUAAGAAAACACAACUUCCACCUAUCGUGCCGCCUAAAGUGUAUCCCACAGAACCAAAGCAUAAACCAACUAAAAUUGAAGAAUCGGAAGAUACACAAAGUUGGUCGAAAUGGCCACCACCCGCAAAGGAUGUCACGAAAUCAUCUUCGCAGCGACUGUCAAGAGAAAACGUCGAAGGCUAUAUGUUUAAACAUUUUUUCGAUUAUAUCAAAAACUAUGAAAAAUUGUUGGAGAAAAACUUUCCAUCGGCCAUGAAAUUAUAUCGCACUUAUGUUGAUGGCGUCAUGGACUUCUACAACGAUAUGAAAUCUUAUCUAAAGAUAGCACGUAUUGCAAAUAAUUCACCAAUGGGACUGAAAGCGCUCAAUCGUAAGGAACUUGAGCUCUACAUGCAGAUGCCACGCGAUAUGAUGAAAGUUGCGCCUGCGUUAAUUGUUGUCGCACUGCCGCUUGUCGGCUACGUAGCGAUGCCGUUAAUUUUUGCUUUUCCACAGCAAUUCCUAUGCUCACAUUUCUGGACCUUACAACAGCGCGCGGAGUUCCAACAGGCGGCAUUGCAAAAACGUCUUAGAAAUAAUAAAGCCGUUUUCAGAAUUCUACAAUCGAAACUAAAAGAAGCAAAGAAACAUGAAAGUCACCAAGAACUGCAACACCUACUGGGCAUGUUGGGUAGUGGCUUUCUACCCAGUGUAGAGUCGUUGCUCAAGGUUAAGGACAUUUUUGCCCAACCACCGUACGAUCUGCUCUCUUUAAGUAGGAAGCAAGUUAAAUUGCUGUGCCAACUACAUGGCGUCCCAACGCCAUUGUUCAGACGUUAUCACCUUUCUGAGCAUGCGUAUCUGGUACACAGCAUGGAUUUGGCUAUUGUACGCGAAGGAAAUGUUCAUAACAUGCAUCCGGAUGGUAUUCGACGUGCUUGCUAUAUACGUGGACUCAAUCCCACCAAUCUUAGCAAUGAAGAAAUGAUAGCAUGGCUACGUAAUUGGAUAAAAAUUUCUACAUCACUCGAAGAACAGCAUAUAAGCAUGUUCCUGUACCUGCCAGUGCUAUUGGGCUAUAACCAUCCAAAUAAUUGGCACUUAAUUUACGACAAGAGUUAGAAGAUUAAAUCAAAGCUGCUGAUUGUGAUCCAAAGCACACUUGAAGACAAAGACGGAAGUAUGGAAAAUUCGAAAGGAAAAACAUAAAUGUUAUCAAAGUGCCAGGAAGAAGCUUUCAUAUCACUCUUUUUAAGUUAUUUUAUUGUUCAUACACAUCAAAAUAUUUCGUAUUUUGUUACGAAUUACACUAGUACAUAUUAGUUCCAUUGUUUCCGUUCAGCUAAAUAAAAAUUUAGUAAUUCACCUAUUUUCAUAAUAAAUAUGAAUACUGCACAGUUUAAA